UCAAUUUUUUUCAAAUUCAAAACCGAGCAACCAAAAGAAGAUAACUGUUUUUCCCUUUUCCUUGACAAUUGAGAGAGAUAAAUAACAAUACACAAAAAAACAAUUUCCCUCCUUCCCUUACAACAAGGAACAGGUAAAAUCAGAAAUUAUUCAACCUUCUUUUUUUCAAUCCUGUUAACCCAUUUUCAACAACUCUGUUGACUUUGUUUGUUCUCCUUCAUGCUUUGAACGAUUUGAUUUUUAUUAUUACCAAAACAAAUUAUGGCAACAGAAAUUUUGCGGCCACAGGAUAUAUUAACUCAACGGUUCAGAGUUUCACCGUCGGCGUGUUAUCGUCGGAGAAACAACUUUGGUAACGGAAAUGACUAUUUUAACCCUAGGUCUUCUUAUGGGAACCGGAAACAGGUGGUCAGAACGGAAAGGGAAAGAUCUGAGAAGAAGAAGGUGAAAAACCAACCUGAGCCGUUGAUGAGGAGGAGAUCUGCGAGUUCCGAGGAUUUGAGACCGACUCACAACGCCGGUAAGUUUAACGGUGGUGUAGUUAUGGGACAGGUGACGAUUUUGAGGAGAGGCGAGUCUUUGGAUUCUCUGAACUCAAUGUAUGGAACCAGACCGGGUCAACCCGAAAUGGUGCACAAGCAGAUCCGUGUCGGGUUAUCGUCGGCCGACGUCUACGCCGGUUCAGCUUUUUCAAAUUCGCCGUCGCCUAGAGCUCUUCCUUUGCCUUCCUUUUUCAACAAAAAGCAAGAAGAUUUCAAGUCUGAUGACUUUGCCAGUAGAGAUUUGAGGCGCUUGCUCCGGCUGGAACACUAGGAGGAUCCGGUUAUGACGUUCCCUGAAAAUGAUCCGACCCGAAUCGACGAAAUAUCGAUAAAAGUUAUCGAAUUUUCGGGAUCUUAAUUUCUCCAUGAUUUUUUUUAGACAUGUGGAGAAGAUGAAAAGGUCUGAAAUUUGAGAAAAUUUAGAAAAAGAAUUAUAUAUUUUUAAUUUUUCUUAAAAUUUUUGUAAGAUAUGAAUUUACUUUUAUUGAUCAAUAUUGGGAGGGUUUUGUUGUAAUAUGGGAAUGGAAUAUUGUAAUAUAUAUAGUACUAUAUGAUAAAAUAUUGGGAAUGGGAAUAAUUAUGGGAGAAUUAGUAAAGUGGUUGGAGGGGAAGAAGAUGAGUAUAUAAGAAUGUUGUGCUGCUCUGUCAAUGGUGUUAGAGAUGACUGAAGAUGAUGUUGAAAGAGGAACAUUUCAGUCUCUUCUUGUAAAUCGUAAGAUAAUACUUAUAAAUACUACUAAU